CCGGAGCGGACGCCUGCCGUCCCCAUGGCGGCGCCGUGGCUCCGCGGGCCCCGAGCAUUGCUGCUCCCCGCGCGGCUGCUGCACGCCGGGGCGCUGCCGCCGCGGGACGUGCUACUCUUCCAACACGAGCGGGGCCGCUUCUUCGCCGUCCUCGGGCUGUUCUGCGCCGGCCAGGGCGUCUUCUGGGCCUCGCUGGCCCUCGCGGCUUUGACCCCACCGCCGGCGCCCGCUCGGGAGCCCGGAGCCUCCGGCCGCGGCGGGGACCUGCGCUCGGCGCUGUGGCGCUAUGGGCUGGCCGCGGGCUGCGGCGCCGUGGGAUCCCUGGUACUGGGUGCUGGUCUGGUCUUCUCUCUCCGAUCUGUGCGUUCAGUGAUGCUUCGAGCCGGAGGGAAGCAGGUGACCCUCACCACUCAUGCCCCCUUUGGCCUGGGGGCUCCUUUUACUGUUCCCUUGAACCAAGUGUCUUGCAUGGCCCACCGAGGGGAAGUCCCUGCCAUGCUGCCUCUGAAGAUCAAAGGUCGGCGCUUCUACUUCCUCUUGGACAAAGCUGGACACUUCCCUAAUGCUCAGCUCUUCGAUACCACUGUGGGUGCCUAUCGGAGCUUGUGAAAAGAACGAAGUCAUUGCCUCUCCCCGAGGAAUGUGAACUACUAGGGAUGCAGUGCCAACCAAAGUCACAAAAGGGGUUUACCAGCAAAUAAAGGAGUCAGGGGGCA